CGUCAUGACUCGCACAUUCCUACACCGGAGCCCCACCGGUGUCCCACCGGUGCCUAUGGCAUUCUGUUCUCUGACAGGGCCACAGCAUGGGCGGACUGCUGAUCAAGCAGGCGCUGGUUAAUGCGCACAACAAUCCAAAGUAUAAGCCCAUAAUAGAUGCGACCAGAGGUCUGGCGUUUUUUGCUACACCACAUAGCGGCAGAGACUCGACGUUGGUAAGCCUUGGCGGUAUAACAACUAAGAUCGCUAGGACGGCAGGGUUCCAGAAGGGAGAUGAAAUGCUUGAGACUCUCAAAUCAGGAAGCAUCUUUUCGGAUAUCUUACAGGAACACUUCAGGCACCAACUCGAUAAAUACGAUAUCAUCUCGUUCUGGGGUGCUCGAGACAUUGUUGUGCCAGCGGACAGUGCACGGCUGGGAUUACCUGGGGAUCGCGAGCAUAUCGUGAAGCUGAACGCCGAUCAUAGAGGAUUGUGCAAGUUUGGGGACAGCCAGAUUGAUCAAGACAACCUCGACUUGGUUCGAAGCAAUGUCAAAGAGAUUUAUAAGGCAGCACUCAUGCACCAACCUCCAACUCCGCACAUCCGUACCCGCACCCCACAGCGGCUCAUCCCGUUUCCACGCAACGAGGAUAUCGUCGACUGCGCUAUUUUCGCUGAGCUGGAAGUGCUCCUUCCCCCAUCCCGCGACUACCAGAGCGCUGCCCUCUGGGGUUUGGGUGGACCUGGAAAAACACAGAUUGCCUUACAAUUUGCCUACCGCAGCUGCCGUGACCCUACUUUCUCCGUCUUCUGGGUCCAUGCCGAUAAUGAAACGACGUUUACACAAGAUUAUAAGUCGAUCGCGGAGAAGCUUGGCCUUACAAGCACACCGGAAGGCGAAAAGCUACUAAAAGCGGUACGUGAAGGGAUCGAGACGGAUACACGCUGGGUACUUAUUCUCGAUAAUGCGGACAAUCUCGGCUUGUUUGGCGUCGGCCAGCAGACCAAAGAUAAAGUAUCGAGUCUGAGGGACUUUAUCCCACGGGGUCCAACAGGCACGGUGCUCUGGACGAGUCGCGACGAGCAUAUUGCUGGGAGCCUAGUCGGCGCGCGACGGGCGAUCAACGUCUCCAGUAUGGCCUUCGACGAGGCGAUGGCGUUGCUUGAGAGAGUUGGAAACAAGAAGGUCGGUAAUGACGAGGCAGAAGAUGCUGCUGCACUUCUCACCGAGCUCGACCGGCUACCGCUUGCUAUCUCGCAAGCCGCAGCAUAUAUACAGAGAACCCGAACGACUAUCAGAGCAUACCUAUCGAAGCUACACAGAAGCAAGGAGCGAUGGAAGAUGCUAGAGGAAGCCGAGUUCGACCGACAUCGACGAAUUCAAGUCUCGAAUAGUAUAUUAAAAACAUGGAGCAUUUCGAUCGAACAAAUUCGUCAAGACAACGAGAUGGCGUAUCGGAUCCUACAUAUUCACGCCUUCGUAGACAACCAAAAUAUCCCAUUUGAAAUGAUCAAAUCCGCCGCGAGAUACGAUGACGAAAUUGGGGCGGCGACCGAUGAUGCAACGAGUGAUACAGUCAGCCUAGGCGCUACCAUUUCCUCGACCGAUAGCGAGGCUGAUGACGACGACGUUUUCGCAGCAAUCACCCGCCUUCGGGAUUUAUCGUUCUUAAGCAAACAGGCUUCUAAAGACAAAAGCCCGGCAUACGAGAUGCACAAGCUCGUGCAAGAGGCUACGCGUUAUGGACUUAACAAACAAGGAGAGCCAGGGGAGGAAGGCGAUUUCUCGAAUAUGGCACUGCAGAUUGUCUCCAAUCUAUUCCAGGUUCGGCAGCGGGAUCUACGGGGAGAAUGCGAGAAGUAUGUUGCGCACGCACUGCGAGUGAGUGAAUGGGCAGAGUUAUGUAAGGGAGAGAACAAAGCAUCGGAACUCUUAACACGAGUUUCGAAUUAUUUACAUGACCGUGGCCGAUGGAGGGAGAAAGAAGCUGUAGACAGCAGAGCAUACAGAUUUCGAAAGAAGAGGUUAGACAAGCGCCACCCGAAUACUAUCCAGAGUAUGGGUUUGCUUGCGGUGACAUAUCAUACAAUCGGGAGAUACGAGGACCCUGUCAGGUGCAAAUAAGCCACAGUGGCUUGGCCUGGACAGGGGUCGGAAAUGUAUAACUAGGCUGCUGUGACC